AGGAUUUGUAAAGAAUUCUGCAAUCUCUCAUUAUCAAACCAAAUGAACAAAGAAUCGAAAUAAAUUAUGGUAAAACCAACGGCAGGAUUUAACUGCGCAUGCGCGGCGGCGGCUAAAUUCAAAACUCCAGACGACGUUAACUUCUCGUUGACGUUUGAUCGAACACAGUUUAUUUUUUUACGCUUUAAAUCUUCAGCCUUUGAAGUUAUGGUUACACUUAUUUGUUAACGCUUAACAAUAUUUACUAAUUCACAAGUCACCACUGAGAGAUGGAGCUCUUGGACUCUGGCAAGAAUGAUGAAAACAGUGGAUACUUCUCCAGGAGACGCAUUUCUUCUAUCCUUAAAGACCCACGGAAAUCAACAAGAUUCUCAGAUGCAGAGCAACAGGAAAAUGAGGUUGAGUGUGCCAAACCGGUAGGAAAAAGAAAUUCCAGAAGGGUUAGCUUUGCACCAGCCAAUGAUGUCCUUCUUUAUUCCAAGGAUGCGAAACAUGCCUCCCCCGUUCGCGGUCCAUUCCAAGAGUUAAUGUCUACAGCGAUACCAGCGCAAAAUGGCGUCCAGGUGUCAGUUGGUGAAGAGGGGAUCGUUCAACAAAUAAUGGGAAUGGAACCACUGAUAAGCGCAACUCUUCAUGCCUAUGAACCAAAAGGAAAUGCCAACUUUGAACUUGGGGAAGGCUUUGGAGAGAAAACCGUGAUGUAUAAUGAGGAUGAUGGCUUCAUGGAAAUGACCCAGAGUCACACUAUCAACAUUGCUGAUACUGACGACUAUCGUGUAGACGGCACACAGAAAAGUAGACCCACUUUGCUUUCUUGUGGAAAGAAGAGUACAAUGUCCUCAGCAAAUGGCGGAUCCAUGGAUAUGAGCCUCAGCCACAACGCGAACAUCGCAAGAGAGUUAGAAAUGUCAUGCACUGGCCGAAUCACUGAUUUUAGUGUUAUGUCAUCAGUGCUCACUUUAGAUCCUUCUUUCAACAACUUGCUCCAUUCAAAGUCACACGGAUCAAGUGUGAGACAACGCGAAACCACAUUCGAAACUAAAAUGUCCCCGAUUAAAACCCAGAUGGUAGAUGUGGACAAGGAAAAUCAAGCUCCAAUUUUGGUUCAUUCUGAAACGGGGAAAUCACCUCAUAACGGCAAGAAUAAUGGACUCUCUGACGAUGGCAAGAUGGAUGUGACAGUUACUCACACGGGCCACGUUGCAGGAUUGAAUGAUGACCCAGAUGAUCCUUUUCAGUGUCUUUUUCCCCGGCAAGAAAUGUAUUCCCAAUGUGAUGCUGCAUCACAAGCAAGACACACCAGAAUAACACUGGGAUCAUCCAAUCCAAAAGCAGCAGCGUUUGGAAACAGGUUGGAGAAGGAAAAUGCUGAAGAAGCGACCCUUCAGAUAGCUGAUAAAAACGCUUUAAAGAACCAUUCUUUUCAUGCACUUCAAGAGCAACGGGACAAUUCUAAAGAAAAAUCCACAGAGAAAGUAACAGGUUUCACUGCAGAUGACGCCUGUCUGGACAUGGCGCAGAGUUGUACUGCUAAAAUCACAGGAGCGCUGUCCCCUCCUCCUGCUCCAAAUUUCAACCAUUUUCUUUGUGAAGGAAAAACAGCCCUUUUAGCGCCAUCAAUGGAAAAGAAACACAGAGCUACUACUGGGCACCCUGUUUCAUCUGGAAUAAGUUUGGACCCCAAAUUUGAAAAAUUCCUUGCAAACAUCUUUAAAACAGAUGGCCCCAGAGUCAAUCCUAGACAUGCCAGAAUGACUCAGGUUAACCCUCUGGUUAGGGCAAAUGAGCAACCUUUCAACGGAGAUCCAAUGUGUCCCAAAGAGGACCUGAGCAUGAAUAUGACAAAAUUUCAUAGAGACGAUGUUACACGGAUUGAUGAGCCUCUCCGAUGUCUCCUACCUACACAAUUAAUACACCCUAAAGGUCAACAAGCCACAUUUCAUCAGCUGUUCUCUGAUGAACAGAGGUCAUCUUAUAACACAGGAAAGGAAAUCCCAUUGAAGCGGUCUUUGAAAACUCAGAUCCAUUCUGCCACACAAGAGGACGACGGAGAGCGGGCAGUGAGAUUGACAUCUGACAAUUCCAACUUGGAUGUGACUCAAAGUGGCUCUGUCAAUACGCCUCGUACUUUCACAAUACAGUCGCACAAAAUUCUGGACAGUUUGCCUAGCAGUUAUGAGAGAACCGUCAGGUUCACAGCAAAUGACGCCGCAAUGGAUAUGACCCAAAGUCUUACCAUAAACAUUGACCUGCCUUUUGAACCAGGUGCACACAAAAGUGUCCCCUUGAUAAAUGCUGGAGGAGAGAAUACCAUCAGGUUUUCAGCAAAUGACGCAGCCAUGGAUAUGACGCAAAACCUCACCACAAUAAUUGAUACUCGGUCUGAAACAGGCGCGCACAAAGAAGUCAACUCUGUACCUCAAGGAGGAGAAAAAACCAUCAGGUUUUCAACAAAUGACGCAGCCAUGGAUAUGACGCAAAGCCUCACUGCAAUGACUGAUACUCCCUUGGACCCAGAAGCACACAAAAAUCACUCCGUAGCUACUGGAGGAGACAAAACCAUCAGGUUUUCAGCAAGUGACGCGGCGAUGGAUGUGACGCAAAGAAAAAGAUCUUUAUCAGUACUCCGUUUCAAUCCAGGACAAAAUAUCUUUUGUAAUACAGAUUUCUCUUGGCCUCACCGCGUGGUCACCAAAGCAGAUCCUCCGGCAGAACCAUCCUUUGCAGAAGCUGUUGACACAAACUGCUUCAUGCCAGCCCAACUUAAAACAUUGGAUGUGGAUGAUAAAUACAAAGUCCCAGGAGUUACUACUCUCCAUGACAGCCUUUUAAGUACACAAAAGAACGCGGACGGCACUUUACAUAGAGUAGAUGUAAGCAUCAACGCGACAGAUGUUCAAACAGACUCAUCAACACAACGCCCAUAUGCUGAUGUUCGAGGCACCCAAGAGAUGACUUCACAGCAGACCAGUCAAGAGCUUGGUCGAGAUGUAGAGGAAAGUCCAGAUGCUGUCAACUCCGAAGAAACCCAAAGUCGCAAAGAAGACGAAUCAAGGAAUCAAACCAGUUCUUUGUCACAGAAGUUAAAUUCACCCGGUGCAGGUGACGAUGGCAGAGAUUCAAGUCAGUCUGCACGAUUCCGCAUUGCUGAUCUCCAGUUAAAAGUAAGGCGCUUGAGCCAGAUGGUAAGCGCGACCUCUGAGGCUAAUUUGGAGCCUGACACUGACAAAAACACAAAAGAGGAGCACAAUGAGUCUGAAUUUGUGCCGGAUGUUCGACCGGCUUUAAGAGACACAGAGGAUGAGGAUAUGCGAUAUGGUCCACAAGGCUACACCGCUGUGGGAACGCCUUUCAAGUUGAAGACUCCAGAGCUGAUGUUGAGACUGUCCAUGAGAGGCUUUAAGCCAAAACUGCCACAAAGAACCAGAGCUGACGAACCAAAGAAGGCAGACUCCGCCUCUGGCAUUUCUCAGGAAAAAUCAACAAGGAGGACAGCAACCGACGUGACCAAUACACUCAACAAAUGGAAUGAUGACGAAGUGAGUGACAUUUAUGAUGAAGAGCUUGGUAGCUGCGAAGAUUUAUCCGACACAUCGGACACCAAAAUCUCGGAAAACGCAAUCCCUUUUGAAGACUUCAACAUCGAUAAAACCUUACCGGACAAUGUUUUUCAAGAAAACAGCCCAAACGGCGCCCAAGGGAUAAAGAGACGCUUGCCAUCCGACGAAAACCAGACAGGGGACGAAAAGAAAAUGAAGGCAUCCAGUGUGAUGUUACCGGAGGCUGUUGCAACGGAAAUACCCGCUCAUGUUCCGGAAUACGAUCGUGGGAACACCACCACGGUUCCAUCAUCAAACCAGACGAUGGAUUCCUCCAACAGUAGCCUCUCAAACAGCAGCCGAAGUGAUGCUACAUUUAAUUCCACUUUUAAACACAGCAUGUUGGAAUCCCACCUUGAAGACCGGGAUAUGCAGAAAUUAAAAGAUGGCAGCAUCACGGCGCUAGAGUUCUUUAAACUCUUCAACAUAGACUUUGUGAUCCAUAAACCCCGGCAAAGCGUCCUUCCCGGCAGGGUUCCACGUGGCACCGGUUGCUCAGCAAUGGAUAUAUUAAAAAACAAACAUAUAAAUUAUCCUAAACGAAUUGCCUAUGAGGCUGAUUUCGAGAUUGUCUCUCAGAAGAUGGAAGGAUUGAAUUGCAGAAUGUUGGACUUAAACAAACCUCUCAAGGUGAUCAAUCAUGAUUUGUGGGCAGAUGUGAAAAAAUCUUCAGAAAAGGAGAUCAGAGCUUUGGGCGUGAAGCUAAAAGAAAGAAACAAUUUCUUCAGAAAGAUGAGCAAAGUCCGCGCACAUGAAAUGAAGGCCGUCCUGUACUCGUCUCUUGUACAGACUCUUGCGGACGAGCAACAGAAAUUCAAAAGUGCAGUUGAAUCUAAUGAGAUGAUCCAAAUUCUGGACAAUUGUAUUGGUGAUUUGGAAGCAGAGCUAGCAGCAGUUGAGGAAAAAGGAACUGAAAACAUGUCAAGUCUGAAGUCACUCCAGGAAGAAAUGAAGAACGUCAACGAGGCUUUGGAUGACAAAAACCGACAAAUACAUGAGCUGGAGGUGCAAAAGAAGCAGGCUUCAGGGAAAUUGAGCAGUCUGAAAGCUGAGACAAGAAACCUUGAGAGCUUCAUCGGCACGCUUCAUACGCUGACUGAAUGGAGGUUUCGAGAAAAGACGGAAAACUACACCGUGUACACUUUCCUCUACGACACAUUGCAUUUGCAGCUGGUGCACGCAGGAAACAGCGCUGAAAAGGAACCUGAGCAUAAAACUGCACAAGUGAAUUUCCAAUUUCUUCUUCAUGAUGAGGAUUCAGAGAGCCACGCGUGCUUGGUUCACAAACUGCUCUCUCAGCACAUCAAGGGUGAAACGGCCUGGGUUGAGAGGUACCCAACGAGUAGCUGCAUUCCAAAGUUGCUCCAUGACGUGUCCUCGGUGGUGAGUACCUGCCGCCUCUUGGGAGAGGAGUUACGAAUGCUGAAAAUGUGGGGAGGUUUACGGCUGAAUAUCGUGGAUAUUCGCUGUGAGGACACUCGAGUAAAUCUUGUCUUCAGCAGUCUGAGGAAGCGUUGCAAGUUUGAGGUCACCUUGUCAGUCACCAUAGCCAACCACCUGUAUGUUCUUCAAGUGCAUGGCUUCAACAACGUCAUUGGAGACACAACGGCCAAGCAGAUUGAGCGGAUUGUGGAAUCAUUCACUCCAGCCAAGAAGCUCUUGACAAAAAUUGUCAAAAAGAUUAAUUGUGAUCUACUUGGUUGAAAUAUGUACAGUGUGCACUUUUAACCGUAGUUUUGUACCUGUAUUGAAGUUGGUGAUUUCAUAAGAACGCGUGGAAUUCUCGAAUUACUGCACUCAGUAUGUCUUUAUUAUGUAACUCUUUUAGUUAAAGACCCUUUUGCAUGUAAUAUCCUUGGUAAAAUAAAUGUCAUGAAACAA